AUAUUCGUUAUAAUAAACCUAUCGGUCUUAAAACUUUUAGGAAAAUCUUUAAAAGACGAACUCAUUCAAGGCCAGAUAGAGUAAUUAUACCUAGCAAUAUUAAAGAACCAGAAAAGAUUGUGGGAUCUGUACGAGUUGAGGCUAAAGUUUUCUUUGCUAAUGAAAGAACCUUCUUUUCAUGGAUGAGAUUCAGUGCUCUUUUAAGUUCUUUUGCUUUAGCAUUAUUUAAUGCAUCUGCAGCUGAUAAUGAACUUGGGAUGCGGUGUGCUAUAGCUUAUACUUUAAUAGGUCUUAGCACUUUGUUAUAUUCACUUUAUAAAUAUAAUACUAGGCUUACUAUGAUUAAUACCAAACAACCCGGUCCUUAUG